GUCUGGUGAUUUGUGGAUAAGAACAGCCAUACUGGAUCAGACCAAAGGCAUCUAGCCCACAAUUCUGGCUUCUGAUGCCCAAGUGGGAAUGAAGACAGUUUUCUUUUACCAUCCAGCAAAGCCAUGAAUGAAAGUGACAAUGAGCCCAAAGAUUUCAUCAAACUGAACAAUGAAAAACUAUCUACAGAUGAAAUCAUGGAGCUGGUGGUUUCUCCAUGCUGUGGGGCUGUGUCCCUGUUCAUAGGUACUACAAGGAAUAACUUUGCAGGGAAAAAAGUUAUUCACUUAGAAUAUGAAGCAUAUGCACCAAUGGCAGAAGCUGAAAUAAAGAAAAUCUGCAGAGAUGUUAGACAAAAAUGGCCUUCAGUCAGACAUAUAGCAGUGCAGCACAGACUUGGUUUAGUUCCAGUAACAGAAGCAAGCGUGAUUGUAGCCGUCUCUUCUCCACACCGAGUGGCAUCUCUUGAGGCAGUGCAAUACUGUAUCAAUACAUUGAAAGCAACAGUUCCAAUAUGGAAAAAGGAGAUUUAUGAGAGCGAAUAUUCUUGGAAAGAAAACAAGGAAUGCUUUUGGGCUGAUGUGGAAAAAUAACUUUACCUCCAAAAUCAGUGUUAAAACCAGUCCCGUCACUACAGUGCAAGCAGAUCAGGGUUUAGUUGUACAUACUACUUUUACAGUAAAUCUAACUAGUAAAAGCACAUGCAUUAUAAAAAAACCCACUUGGGUCUACGAGUGAAACCGACAGUAAUUAGAUUAAGUUCACAGAUAAUUCUCAUUGUUAAAUAAUUCAGCUGGGCUGUUUUGAAUAGUUAGCCAGUUUUUUAAAAAAACAUUUCCCCAAAAAUUCUUAAUUGAAAGGAGUCUAGUUUUAUAUAUUAUAUCCUGCCUCUGUUCUGUCACCUUGUGCAUUCACUGCCAACACUGGAGAUCACAGUAUGACAAUCAGGUUUGUGGUUUUUUGGUUUCUUUAAUCUUAAAAAGAAUCCCUUUGUUAGUUUUUUAUGAUUUCAAACUCAACAUAUUGUCUUUAACAUAUUUUUGACAUUAAGUCGAUUAAACAUUUUUGGUACAACUAGAGAAAAAAUACAAAUUAUACCCAGAGUUACUAAUUGUUACAUCCCAGUGGCUCUGUUUCAUAGAAUUUUUUUUUACUGUGCAGUUAUAUUACAGGUCCAUCGCAUUAAGGAAAGGUAAAGCUCUUUUAUUUGGAGUACGGUCAUACACAACUUAUUUGCAAUAAAACACACACUUAACUGAAGCUUAAUAGAUGUACAGAAGUGAUUAGUUUUGAGGCAGCUUUUGCAGCUGUUUUUUGAAGUACUUCCUGCAGAUCAUAGUGGAACAUUCCUGGGAAGAGGAGAAGCCAUUCUUUGCAUGUGUACAUCUGUUAUAGGUGUCUGAUAUGUCUUCUGUGUCAUUUUGACCCUUAUAUCUAAGUAGCAUAGAGUGAGUUCAAGGUUGAAUUUAUACUAUUUGUAAUGUGUGAGUGAAGAACUAUGGAUUGUUCAUUGCUGACAGAACUAUGAAUAAAGAUCAUGUCUAUAGAGAUCAA